AUGGACAGAUUGUUAGAACAGAGUGAUUCAGAUUCAGGCGAAAGCUGGACGUUGCUGGAAUCAAGUCCAGCCUUUGCCGAUGAACCUCCAGAUUUUGAAGAACCGCAAGUAGAAAGUCCUACAACAGAAAAUCAUGAAAGGGAUGAAGAUACUGAUGGUAUUUCUAUUAUUAGUGACAGUGACCAUGAAAUCCACAUUGGCAAUGAAAAUUUCAUAUCGGAUACAAUGAGUCCUAUUGAGCAAGACAUUCCUCAAUUUGUAUCCGUUGAUCAACAUUUGUCUAAUUUUAAGAAUAACAAAAUUUUAGUUGACGAACAUGACUUCUUGGGGGAUAAUAAUAAACACAAAAUCUAUGUCCAUAGACGAAAUAAGAGACUCAGUACUGUCCUUAAUAUUAUAAUGCUGGGAAGUGUUAUAACAGCUGCUGGUGUGGCAAUAGGACACAUGUGGGGAGCCAAAAAUGAUUGCUCAGUACAAAAUCCCCCCUCAGUAAAUAAAAUUUUAUCAAAUCUGUACAAAUUACAAGAAGAAAAUGCAUAUUUGCGCAGUAAAUUGAAGGAGUUAAGUCAGUAUCAUCAGUCUCUAGUACCAGUUAAACAAAAUAGAUGCAAGAAGGUCUUUGAAGAACCUUUAGGUAGUCAGAAUGUUAAUCAAAUUACAAAGUGUUUGGAUGAGGGAAAUAAGAAUACAUUACAAAGUCAUUUGAUUGAGCCAGUGUUUGAAAAGGAAUUCUUAGAUGACCUCAAAAAUAUUGAAAAUAUUUAUCAGAAGAAUAAGAAUUGGCUUGAUAAUGAAAUAACUAAAAGGCUCAGGGAUGAAAAAAGCAAAUCAACAAACAACCAUCAAAGCGACAUCAUUUCAAAUAAACAGUCAAAAGAUAUUUUUCCAAAUGAACCUUUUGUCAAAAUAAGUUAUGCCGAUUCAUUAAAAAGCAACAAUUAUAGUAAAAAAAAUUACAAAAGAGAAGUUGAUAAAUUUUUUGAAAGUAAGCUGAAAUCUGAAUUUAAAAAGAAGUUGAAAAGCAAUGAUGAGAAGUACUCCCAGCAGACUAUCAGCGAUCAAGAAAUAACAAAAGAUGACUGGUAUAUUAAGCAGAGAAAUAAAGAAGACAAGAAAAAAUAUAACCAUCACAAAUCUUUGAGGAAACAAAAGAGACGAAAUAAAUAUCAACAAUGGGAAAUGAAGACUGGUUACAUAAAGGACUAUGAUGACUUACCAUCAUCAUUACAAGAUCUUAAAGUUACAUCUGAUUCUGCCUCUGAACAAAAUGUGUCAUCCCAAUCGAAACUCACCAAUGUUUCCGACACUAUUUUAAAAUCUACAGUGUCAGAUAAACAAAAAAAGAAGAAAACCAAAAAAGGCACUCAAGAUAAUUGGUAUGAAAAAAGGGUUGACUUGCGUAAAGAAGCUAGACAGAAACUUGAGCAGGAAUUAUUCGGUGAAACAGCAACCAACACAGCUCGAUGGUAUUUUCGCCGUAUGAAGAAACGCGAACAAUGCCGCACUAAAGACAAUAGUACAUAUCAGAAACAAUAUGACAAGCGUACCAUGAACUAUAAAAUGAAACAUUAA